AUGCAACCAGAGCGGCCACUAGGCCCACAACUGCCAAGCAUUCGGACCCUUCAUCCUUACCUUCCCCCACCGUCGACAAUUGUUGAUCCUCCAUCGACAUCGCAGACCGCCCUCUCGCAAACACUGGCAGUAUCGGAGGUCGACUCGGAUGAGCUCGAUGAUGGUCAAGAAAGGGAAAGGGAGCGGGAGAGAGAGCAAGACACGACAGAAGAGCCUCCAAAGAAGAAACGGCGGCGACAAGCGUUGAGCUGCACUGAAUGCAAGAGACGAAAGAUCCGCUGCGAUAGGAAACAGCCAUGUGGCCCUUGCGCGCGUCGAGGAGAACAGGAAAAGUGUCAGUGGAAUCUCGUUGAACCUGCCACCGAAAAAUACGUCCCUCGAGCUGAACAUGACGCGCUUCGUGCCCGCGUUGAUGCGUUGGAAGCCUAUCUACAACGCAUUCCACCAUCAGCUCUCGUUUCUUUGCCGCCAAUUCCGUCCGGUCCCCCGCUUCUGUUGCAUCGAGUGCCAACUCCAGCGCCAGCAAUGUCGCCUCUAGCUACUGCAUCUGGUUUACCGACCCUGACCCAGUCCCAAAGACUUGCUCCAUAUUCUUCCCCAUCAGCUGUUCAAUUAUCUGGGCCAGGUUACCCACCAUAUGUGCCAGGCCAAAUCGAAAACCUUCGCCCGAUAUAUCCUCGUUCACGGUCUGGUGCCAGUUCUCCAAGCGACCUGCGAAGGCUUGCGAGCUCACCGCUUGAUAUUCGACGACAAGAACAGCAACAGCAACCGUCUCGAUCCUCGAGUCGACGUGGACCACCACAGCCAGCCUAUACUGCUUUCCCGCCACCACCGCCCCUGUCAAGACCAGAACAGUCAUUGACGACAACCGAGCCUCUUGGUUCAUGGUUUACUAAUCAGCCCGAUGUUGGGUCGACCACAAAUAGCAGUCGCGAUUUUAGUGGUCAAACACGCGCCAGCGGUGAAAGCUCUGGUGGCCGGGCCAGUGGUAGUGAACCAGGCGACACAACAGAAUCGGAGCUCCAUCACUCGACUUACAGCCACAACUCCAGUCCUAGCACAUUCGCGGCCCGAUUUCCGGCCGUUGCUUGCAUUUUAACAGAAUCGGAUCUCGAAGUCAUGGAUGCAGACAUAGAGUCCACUCCCGAACUGCAAUUUGGAGAUGCCGAUGUGCAGGUUUUGGUUGCCUCUCCUGUGGCUCUCCGCCGUUCAAAACGAUUCUGGCCAAGUUCGAAAGUGGUCUUUGUCGAUUCCAUUGUCAGGAUUGUCUCUCCCGAGACUACUAUCUCAAGUAACCUCCUUGCUUGCCGGAAGCCCAUACUCAACCAAUUCCGUCAACAAUCGACUGUUUCUCCCUGCCUUUCUGCCCCCGACAUGCCCAUUAUGGUCAUAGUCUGCUUUUUCGAUGGCCAGGGACUGCAUUUAUUCUCUGUCCAAGUCCAGGUUAGCGCUAUCAUCUCUUGCAUCUAA